UGCAGGAAAGAAGAAAAAUGUAUUGAGUAGAUGUGUUUCAGACCUAAAUGCAUAUGAAGGGUGGGCAACGAUGAAUUCAACACUCGUCACAGGAAACUACAGCUCAGCAAGUAUUGCAAACUUGAGCCGGUGUGCCCCUGAUGCACAUCUGGAAAAUAUGCUUUUUCUGACUUUAUACAUAGGCAUCAUGCUGUUAGGCCUUCCCUCCAACUGCUUCUCACUUUACGUCUCCUGGCAACACAUUAGGCAGAAGAAUGAGAUAGGGGUCUACCUCUUUAACCUGGCCCUGGCUGACAUUUUCUUUAUCAUGGUGGGUCCCAUUUGGGUGGAUUACAUGCAAAAAGACCAAUGGAUCCACGGCCAGUUCCUGUGCAAUUUAACCAUAUUUCUCAUAUACACCAACUAUUACACCAGCUCAACGUUGUUGUGCUGCAUUUCCGUGGACCGCUACCUGGCUGUGGUCUACCCACUAAAGAACCCUGUCCUGAGAGAGGUGAAAACAGCCUUCUGCGUCACUGUGACAGUGUGGUUGUUCACCAUCGCAUUCAACGCCGCCACAAUGUCCACUCAAGAGUAUUAUAACGAUGACGGGAGCUGCUUCGAUACCUAUCCAAUGCCCGAGGGGCAAGCUACGGUCAGCGUAAUUCGCUUUUUGGUCGGAUUUCUGUUCCCGGCUCUGCUGAUCGCGUUUUGUUGCCAGGGGAUCCACAGAGCGGCGAGGGCCAAUAAAGCCACGGAUAGGCUCGAGCGCAGACGUAUCGCCAUGCUGAUGGGCGCCAUGACGCUGACGCUGUGGCUCUGCUUCGGACCAAUCCAUGUCGUGCUGCUGCUCCGCGCUCUGCGGGAGAAAGAGUGCCAGGACGCCAGUCGGUUCUCCGUCCCCUUCAAAGUCAGCAUCGCCCUCUCCUCACUCAACUGUCUGGCCGACCCCUUGCUGUACUGCUUUGUCACAAAAAGUGCCAAAUCAGAAAUCACACGCGCCGUUGCCUUCAUUCAGAGGAAGCGGAAGAAGAACAUGACCCGUCAACCAUCAUAGAGAAUCAUGUUGUGCCUCACAUCUGCGCAGGACAUAGAUUUUCCUUGGCUGUACAACUGGCGGAGGAGUUGAUGCAUUGGACAAUAAGUACGUCUAUGUUUUAGAGACCGUCAUAUCUCAUCAGCUGCUCUCUUCCUGUUUAUCUUAUAGACAAUGCAAGACUUCACAGAGGUCAUGAAUUGCAUAAAGGCAUGAUGACUCAAAAGGAAGAAAUGUCUUGGACACAGCCCAUAAUAAAACUCAACUUCACGUGUUAUAGGUGUGCUCACAGUUUUAAAGUAAAAACUGUAUCUUGGCACUACUUCACCAAAUGGAAGUCCUCGUAUGUUGAAAUUAGGUUCUCUUGAGCUUUCUUGCUCAGUUUCAUUUUAAGAUAAAUGUUCACUUGGGAGACCAAUAUGAAGCUGAAAGGGUAGAAGAGUAGAGGCAGACAGUUGGCUUGUAGUGCCAUCUACUGGACAAUGUUAGAAAAACAGAUGGACCAUACUGGUUGAAAAUCUCACCACAGCUUGUUCUAUCAAAUAAAAAUUCACUUUUCAUGAAAUUUGAAUAGUUUGAACUUUGAACUUAAACAACAGUUAUAUUCCUAUUUUGAAAAAUAUAUUAACGUUGUACAGUAUUUACAAAAAAUAUUGUAAAAAUAGUAUUAAAAUGAUCCUAUCUCAUAAUAAUAAUAAUUUUAUCUUUUUUAAUUGAGCAGUUUUGUCUUUAUGGGUCCUGUUAUACACACUUAUAUGACAGGCCCCAUGCAGACCCAUGUAUUUUUUUCCACACCAGUUAGACAGUCCUGCCAUCACAAAUGCAAGAUGGGACAGUCUAAUAACUUGCUUGUUGUUCUGUUGAAGUGUCAUACAAUCAGUAUAAAGCGCUUGAUUAUUAAAAUUUCAGAUAUGUUGAUCUGAGUCGCCAAUGUGUGGAAUAGCCUGCAUGGUCAUGUAGUCGAGGCAGAAACAUUAGUGGAGAGAAGAAGCUUUCAGAUGCUUGGUGCUUUAUAAUCAUUACAGGUAAAUAUGAUCAUUUCUUUAGAUUCAGGUUCAUAGCAGAAAUAAAUGUGUGUAGUGCACCAAACACGGUGGUGCUGAGGUAAACACUGACAUUACAGGACAAUUUGUUCCAAUUCUGAAUUUAAUUGCUGGAUCACACAAGAACCAUGUAAUUUCCCUUUCACAUGCAGUAGGUGGGUAAUCGGGUUACAAUUAUGCAUCUUGAAUUUAUGGGGAUGUGCAAUAAUGAUAACAGUGUAGUGUGUUUUUUAUGUGUUUCUAGGUUGCACAGCUGCUGUGCACUGUUAAUAAUUCAGGACAAGAAAAUAAUGAUGUUUAAAUGUUAAAUAUUUUCUAACCUCCCUAUAUAAUUUUCAGAACAAAGACUCUGUCAAUCGCCGCCUACUCUCCUGCUGAUGUUUGCCUAUUUGCAUUUGCGUCACACAGUACUAGGUGGUCAGAAGAUUAAAUACCAUGCUUCUUAUUUGUGUAGUACGUGAAGUUUACCUGUCAAAAGAGUUCCUGGAAUUAAGCAGCGACCGACGGUGAAGUUUAUUUCAAGAUACCUCCCUAUAUGCCACCAUGUUCUAGCCUGCUGUUAUUCUCUUCACUUUGCUCCAGUGAAAUUGAGGGUGAUAAUGAGAAGAGCCUUCUGGCGUAAAUGAGGACUGAAAAUAGAACAGAAUUCCUCAACACAUUCUGAAAAAGUACUGCUUUAAAUGUUUGCUUUAAAUAUUUACUUUGAGCAGGGUAAUGAAGAAGCUAUCCAAACAGGAAAUAUGAAAUCGAAAGUAAUACACGGAUUUGGUUUGUCAGGCCAAACAAGGUGUUUUGGGGAAAUAGCAGGGAAUAAAAUUUGAUUCUGGUUGUUAUCAUGAAAUGCAGCUCAGAAGUUGAUGUUUGGACUGGAGUGUGAUCACAGAAAUGGCCCGUGUCCAUAGCCAUGAGUCACUACAGAGACAGCCCUCUGAGACAGACUUCCACAAUCAGACCAACACACACAGCUCAGGAAGCACAUGGAGAUAAGAGAAAAUCUGCAUGUACAGAUUUUAGGUGAGUGUGUGUGUGUGUGUGUGUGUGUGUGUGUGCACGCACAUGCGUGUGUGUCUGUGUUUGUGUGCAUAUGUGUAUCUUUUUCAUCUCAACUCUACCUUAUCAUCUAUAUUGUCUUUAUCAAAGGCAAAAAUGAACAGUGAUUGUCACCCACUGUGCUAGUGAAGGUGCGUAGGAAAUGGAUAGCACUCACAAAAGAGCUUUUAGAAUGUGUGACUCACGCGAAACCCCUUGUGCCUCAGGUAAUUUAAGCUUGAUGGUAUGGUGUGACUCAGUGCCAGUUUUCCCUAUGGGGUCAAUAUGUGGCCAUUGCUCAGAUGAUAUUCACAAAACCACAAUGAGAUUUUCAUCAUGAGGCUCAGCUCAAUGCUUCCACGGUAUUGCUUUCUCCAGGAAAAGGGACACGCGAAGGCGUGUUAUUUGGUUGCAUUCUUCAAUAGUCACUGCUUCCUAAGCUACACCACAAAUGACUCCCAUGCAGUGUAAUUCAUUGCUGCACAUCUUUUCUCUUCCGCUCUGAUAUUAUGUAGGUUAAUGGGUUUAUUAUAAUCAAUAUUUUAUUGGAUAUCUUUCUCUUUUUUUGUUGAAUGGUUUAAUUAAAAAUGUUCACAUUUUCAGUUGUCCUUAAUAUGAAACUACCAUAUGGAAGAUAUUGAAAUUUCAGGCAUAAUCAGUGGUAGCUGUCUUCGUGCCUGUAUUUCAGAAUUUUGUGAUGUUUCCGUUAGCAGUCACGUGGUGUGUCAGUGACAGGCCCCCCUGGUAUCACUGGUAAUUACCCCAAGCACACACAUCAUGAGCUUUACCCCUCACCUCUCAUCAGCAUCCUUCCUGUUGCGCUGGACCCAUUCCCUGUAUCUCCUCCUCUUCCUUCUGAUACUUUUCCUUUUUGCUGACAGAGCAAAUUCAUAUUUUUUAAAAAAAGAAGAAAUUUCUACCAUUGGGCAAAGGAUGUAGGGUGUAUUCUUGUAUCCACAGAACAGCUGUUAUGGAGGUUAUAUGCAGAAAGCAUGUUCUUUACAAAUGAAGUCAAAACACAGAAAUAUUGAUUAUGGAGCAUAUGUGUCUUUAAAAAGGAGAAUCUACAUGUAUUAGGUUUCUCCCACUGAUAAUAGGAGACCACCUCUCUCUGCUCUCUGUAAUUCUGUGACAGUGAAAGCCACCCAUCAAGGGCUGGCAAUAGUAGUGGAGGUAAUUCUCCAGCUGAGACUAAGGCACGAUGUUUCAAACACACAAGUUUUGAACAGCAUCAUGUAUUCAUGUACAACUGUAGGUGUCCUUCAAACCUAUAAGUUCUCAGUUGGGGAGUCAGAAUGGCACAUGCUCAUGUUAAGAGAUGUUCAAAUGCUUCGUCAACAGGUUGAACUGGCUCAGAGCCAGUCAUUGAAUUAGCCCAUGAAGAUGAGAACAUGACACUGGCUUUGAGGAACUUUGUGUUUGAACAAUGUUCCACAAACCACUGUAGUUGGACCCAUUGCAGACACAGAGUGCUGGAUUCAAUCGUAGCACAUUGAUAUAUUUGAAUUACAGCUAAAUUCAACAGUUACUCUCAUACUUUGCGCAGUUUCAAAAAAUGUAUUCAGCAAACUGCGCUUGUGAAUAAAACUGCCACGCCUGAAAAUUGCUUCCACCUACAUUGUUUCAUGAAUCUACAGUUUAAAAGGACCAUAGCUUCACUGCACUGUUUCUAGCUAAUUAGGUGAAUGAAAAUGUUUUUAAAUAUACAUCAACAAUUGUGCAAUCAGGUUUCCUGGCAUGUUUAUACCAAAGAGGAGGAAACAAUAUUUCUUCAGUUUAACGGACAGGGAAGUGGUUUAAAUACCAUGUGCGGAGGAACAUACACUGCUACUGAAAAUUCAGUCUGGACAUCACACUUGGGAUGCUCCCAGAUAUUUUUCAUAACUGGCCAUUGAUCACACACACCUUUCACACACAAAAUUUUUCAAGACACCAGCUGCUGUCAAUUAAGAGUGCUAAGGAAUAUAGCUGUAAAAUAAUUAUAUAAUGAUUUGUAGAGAAUGUAUUAUGAUGGUGAUGAUGAAUAUGAUUAUAACAAAUAAAUACAUACAUAAAUAAAUACAUGAAUGCACAAUAUAUAAAUCUUAA